GGAUUAAAAGAAGAAAAAGAAUGGCGUCUGGUCUAAACCCAGUGCUGGGUUUCACCAUAUUUUACGUUAGGGACGUAGCCAAAUCUGUUGAUUUCUAUGCAAAAUCCUUUGGCUACAAUGUUCGUCGCUUGGACGAGUCUCACAGGUGGGGAGAGCUGGAGAGUGGACAGAGCACCAUUGCGUUUACCCCAAAGCACCAACACGAAACCGAUGAUCUAACUGGUGCAGUCCAACUACCUAAAUCUGAUCUCCACCGCCCCCCAAUGGAACUCUGCCUUAUUUACCCUGACCUUGAUGCUGCAUUCAAGCGGGCGGUGGAGAAUGGGGCAGUGCCAGUGAGCCAGCCGGAGGACAAGGAGGAGUGGGGACAAAGGGUGGGGUAUGUGAGAGACAUUGAUGGCAUGGUGGUCAGGAUGGGAAGUUAUGUUAGGUCUUAA